CUGCUGAUGGAAGACAGCUAGGAGAUCAGUGGAGAGACGUUUGCCUGCUGACCUUUGUGGGCCACAGGAGAAGGAAGGUCCAGAGAAACAGUCCUGGGGGCUGGUGUUCCAGACAAGGAACAGCAAGUCAGGGAACCCCAGGAAGGAUUAAGGGUGUGACAGCAAGGAAAGCUCAGGGCCAGGAGGAUGGCAGAGAUCAUCCAAAUCACCAGCAGUGGAAGCAACGGGGAAGUGACUGAGCAGACGAUGAUGGUGAGCAGCCAGGAGAACGUGGCUGCCUUUCACGUCGAGGGCAACACAACCUCAGCGACUGUCGUGCACGACUAUAAACCCGGUCUCAUUGGCCUCCGGGUACAGGACAGAAGGAAGUAUUUGGUUGUGAAGAUGGAUAAGGUCACCAUACCCAGCCUGGCUGAAAUUACCCACAAAAUCGAGAACUUUGACACACAGCAGGGCUCUGGAGAAGACAGCUUGUCCUACACCUUCAGUGAGGGUCAACUGGCCAACCGCACAGCGCUGGGAACGACACUGAACAUUCUCUGCAGCGACGUCCCCAUCUACUGGGCUGGGAGCUCACAGAAACAGCAGCAUAGAUGGAGCAUCUAUGUGCACUUCUGGGGAAUCACCAUUACAUCGGUUUUGGCCGCUAGAGCGUUCUGCCCUUCCUGAAGAAGCACAGAAGUACUAGAAUGCACUUAUAACAAA